UUAUGGUUGGAAAUAUGGUAGAGGAGCUUAUCUGUUAAAUUAAAUUUAAAACUAAGCUUCCUAAAAAUAUAACAAUUUAUUAUCGUUUACUCAAAAACAACACAAUAUUUUGCAAUAUAAUCACAAUUAAGAAAACCUUACAUAUCACAACAAUAGUCUUAAACUUUGUUUUGCUUAUCAUUGUUUUUCGCUUUUUUGAAGUUUUGAAGUUCAGUUUUAAAUCAGCCAGCAGUCGAAAUGCAAGGCAUUUUUGGAUUCCUGUUGAUCGUUGGACUAUUAAGCAGUAUUUUAUCUGAAUUCUGUGAUAAUGGUACUGGAGAGUGCAAGGACCUAAGUGCCUCGGAUUGCCCGGCAAUAUUUUUUAAGCUACAUUUAAUUGGAAAUCUUGUGAAAUAUUGCGAUAAGUUCAACGACAUUGUUUGCUGUCCUCUGCCAAUUAAUAUGCAAAGCCAUUCGCAGCAAUUCUCAACCAACAUUGGUCUCAGGAGAUACCAAAAGGAAUGUUUUCGUUAUAACGAGAUAAGGACUUCCUGCCGAUCCACCGCUUUCAUUGUGGGUGGCACCAAGGCCGCAGGUCGGGAAUUCCCAUUUAUGGCGCUACUUGGCCAGCGUGGGAAGAACUCUUCGAAAAUCGACUGGGACUGUGGCGGCACUCUCAUCCACCCCAAGUUCGUGCUAACGGCCGCCCACUGUCUGGAAACCAGCGAAACAAAGGAGCAGCGCUUGGAUCCCAAUUACGAUUGCCCAAAAUAUGUGGUUAGAUUGGGGGAACUGGAUUACGAUAGCAGCUCGGAUGAUGCCCAGCCUCAGGACUUCCGGGUGGUUAACUAUGUGGUGCAUCCGGCUUAUGGUGAAGACGAUGAUACUGGAAGUCGAAAGAAUGACAUUGCUCUGCUGGAAUUGGAAAGGGAGGCGAUUUUCAACGAAUAUGUGGCACCUGCCUGCCUGCCACUUGCCAGUGGAAAUGAACAUCUUCAAGUAACUGCCGCCGGAUGGGGAGCAACCUCAGAGGGAGGACGCUCUUCGUCGCAUCUCCUUAAAGUCAAUCUGGAAAGAUUUGAUGAAAAGCAAUGCAGUCAGCGGUUGAGCCAUAAGAUAGAUAUGCGUACCCAACUAUGUGCUGGAUCUCGGAACACCAGUGCGGAUACUUGUUAUGGCGAUUCCGGUGGUCCUGUCUUCGUCCAACAUCCCACUUACACCUGUCUCAAGCAGGUGAUUGGCAUUACCUCGUACGGAUUGGUGUGUGGUGUACAGGGAUUGCCCAGUGUUUAUACCAAAGUCCAUCUCUACACCGAUUGGAUCGAGAAUAUCGUAUGGGGCGAAUAGGCAUGAAAAUAUUUAAACAACCAAUUCGCAACUUCAACUUGAAGGUGCCAACUUAAUUUUGCACUUUUAGUUAAUGAAGUUAUGUUAUGAAUGAAGACAUUUUUUAUGAAUUCAAGUCACUUUAAUGCCAUUCUUUUGCUUAUUUAGUUAAUAUAUUCAAUGCUUUGUUGUAAGCAAACAUAUUCAUAGAUGGCUUAUAUAUAUUUAUGGUAACUCAUUGUAAUUUUAAGUGCCAGCUUAAUUCUUUUUCCUACUUCAUUCAACUUUACUUUUUCUCUUCUUCAUAAUAAAUAUAUAAAAUACUGAUUCAUAUUCAAAGGAAAAACUUAAGAUCCUUCUAACAUUCCUUUAUAGUUUUUAAUAUUUAAAACUCCAAGUAACAUCUAUACAAAAUUC